AAAUAAUGGCGCCCGUUACGCCCGAUGUCACAGGGACCGGAACACGGAAGCCAGAUGCCGGCAUCGGCCGGAGGAGAUGGCCGGGGAUGCUGCAGGGGACGCAUCGCGGGAGCGAAGGACAAGGUAAGCGCUGUAGGGAAUCCCUGUGCAACGCCACAUGGUAAGCCCGAGUGUAGCUCGGGGUUACCACUUUUGGUACUGAAACUUUACCCCGAGCUACACUCGGGAAUACCGCCAGGGAGGUUAUGCAUGAGCAAGGUGACGGGUUGAUUUACUAAAACUGGAGAGUGCAACUUUGCAUAGAGACCCGCUUCCAGGGUUUUUCUGCAAAAUCU